AGCUCCGGGCUGCAUUUACAAAAAUCGACCGCUUGAUUUGCGCAACUGCAUAUCCCAGUUUUGUAAACGUGAUGCGGCUGCAGCAGCGAGAGUACCAUCCUCUUCACCACAUCCACAUCAGCUGGCACUGGCCAUCAGCUGCCGCGGACCCGACCUCAGAUCAAGGAUAAAAAGGACAUCACAGCAGGGGAUCCAGAGUGCUUAUAGAGAAAGAGGAAGCAAGGCCUAAAACUAGGGGUGAGUAGUCAUAGCGCUGUUCAGAGCUGUGUUGUCACCGUGGAGGCUGGUCAUGCUGGGACGGGGGAUAUGGGUGUGUAAACCCCGAUUAGGAAAGCGGGGGAGCAAGCCCGGUUUUUUGCCUUUGCUCUGCAUGUUGAUGGUGGCCACAGCCCUGCUCGCUCUGCUUUUUGUGGAUUUCAUUGAAUCCUGGGUCACCUCUAUGAGCAUGAAUGCAGUGGUGGAGCCUCACGCCGGGAUCAUCCCCCCGCAGAGCGUCCCACCUACCAGGCCGGAGGAGUUCCUGCUCAUGCCCAGCCCGCUCGUUUGCCAACGUGCCAAGCCAUAUCUCAUCACUAUGGUUACCUCUGCUCCUGCCAAUCAGAGAGCCCGUCAAGCCAUCAGGGACACUUGGGGUGGGGAAAUUGAGGUGAGGGGGCUCAGGGUCAUGACCCUGUUCAUGGUGGGUGUGGCAUCUGACCCUGGACUGUCCAAGCUGUUGAUAGAGGAGGCACGAGAGCGAGGAGACUUAAUUCAAGGGCGUUUUGUGGACACUUACUCCAACCUCACACUAAAGACCUUAUCUAUGCUGGGCUGGGCCCGUCGCUUCUGCCCGCAGGCCCACUACAUGGCCAAGGUGGAUGAUGACGUCUUGUUUAACCCAAGUGCCCUCCUGCACUUCUUGAAUAGGAGCCGUAACCCUUACGAACAAGGAGACUUGUACCUUGGCCGAGUUCAUCUCCACGUGGCUCCAGACCGUGACCCGGAUAGCAAGCACUACCUCCCUGCAGGAGCUUACCCUCCCUCAGUCUUCCCAGACUAUUGCAGUGGUACAGCCUAUGUCCUCUCACGCUCAGCUUUGCUUAAAAUUUCCCUGGCAGCCGCUGCAUCACCUUUAUCCACACCCCUGCCCCCUGAGGACGUGUUUGUGGGUCUGUGUGCCCGUACAGCUGGGGUGCUGCCGUCACAUUGCCCACUCUUCUCUGGUGGGCCAGCUGUGCCGUACGGGCGCUGCUGCUAUCAGGCUAUGGUGUCCAUCCACCACACCCCACCCAGGGAGAUGCUGCGCUAUUGGGCUGAUGUCCAUUCAUCACCACCCUGUUCCUGGCUGAGCCUUCGUGCCUCUUUAGGGGUCUGCAAAGUCAGGGCGAUGCUUGGGAAAGCUCUUGGCUUGGAACAGGGGUUGUGA